AUGGACGCCGCGGCAGCCGAGGGACUCACGUCAGCUGUUCCCUUGCUCGCGGCGAGUAAUACCGUACCUGCGCGCCAGGCUGCCUGCGGUGCGCCACGGCGGCAGGUGGGGCUGUCGUCAAAAAGUCCGUUCUCCAUAUCUCUCACCUCACUCAUGAGUUUUCUCCCGAAUGGGUGGACGUCUGCCGCCGAAUCCACCACGACAGUGACAACCGCGAACAUCCUGUACGGGCUGGACGCACACCUCACCGGCCUUUGCAGCUGGGCCUCUCCGUUGUUGACAACAGCCUUCGUGUCUCUAGCCUGCGCGUGGCUAGCGGUCGAGGCUGAAAUCGCCACUUCCACCACAAAUGUCAUGCUAUACAGCGCCGUCGUCAUGCGGCACAUCUUCUUUACCACUGCGCUAUGUGCGUGCGACUACCAUGCAUCUGCGCAGGAACCGUUAAGCACAAUGUGA